UGGAGCACAGAUACUGACAGACAUUGAAUUUCAGCAAAGGACUUCCAUCUAUUGGAUUGUUUUUGCUUUUGUUGAUUUGAUUUUUGGUGGCAACGUCUUGGGUUUCAGUUUCCUGUUUGACUUUUUGACUUUGAUAUUCAUUGCUGUGUUGGAACGUCAUUACGCUGUGAAUGCUGAGGUCUGUGUGUGACCCUCAGAAACGAGGAGGUGAAGUGGUAACCAUGUGGAUCCCGACCCCCAGCAUGACUCUCCCUCAGCGGAUAGUGCUGUAUGGGACGUGUGUUGUGGCGCUGGUAAACUCUGUGGGCCUUCUGGUGCUCCUGGUCCAGCAGAAUCAGCAGCAAGUCCGGCUGGAGCAGACGGAGGCAAGAUUGACUGAAGUGGAACAGAGCUCAGUGGUGGAGUUCCUCCAGGAGGUGCCCAGAGGAGGAGCAGGGAUGCAGGCAAGCAUGGAGGAGCAGCAGCAGUACCAGUACCAGUACUCCAGGAACAAGAGGAGUGGAGGGCUGGAGAAGGACCUAGAGCAGGAAAUGGGGGAGCCUCUACAGGGAGAAGGACUGGAGCUCAAUCAGCAGGAGGUCAGCCAGGAGGUGGGAGAGGAAACAGAGAAGAAGAUCCAUGGAGUGAAACACAAGCAUCAGCACAGGCAGAGUUUCCACAAGACACAUGUGCAGGACGACAUGAUGAUGAUGAUGACUUACUCCAUGGUCCCGAUCAAAUUGCUGAUCGACAUUUGCAACAGCACCAAGGGAGUCUGCAUAGCCGGACCCCCAGGACCGCCUGGUUUGCCUGGUACGGAUGGUAUGCCCGGCCACAAUGGGACUGAUGGCAUCCCAGGACUUAAUGGACUGCCCGGGGCCGACGGCAAACGAGGAAAAAAAGGGCCGCCAGGUGAGAAAGGAGAGCCGGGUGAGAAAGGAGAGCGCGGCGAGACCGGUCCCCCUGGAGAGAAGGGCCAACCGUCCAAUGAUGUCAUUAUUGAGGGUCCUCCUGGUCCUCCAGGACCGCCUGGGCCCAUGGGCCCUCCUGGACCUCCAGGCCCUCAGGGGCCUCACAGAAUAAGGCACCACAGAGCCCACCUACAGGCUGCUCAGACCCUGGGGCCGUUACACGCUAUUCCAAAUGAUGAAACCUCAUCUUUGAAAGAGAAAAGGAUCCUAAAUGAGAGGCCAGUGAAGAAGAACGAGUGCCUGAUUAAGUCUUUGAUCAACCCCAGGAAUGUGACAAAGAUGGAAAGCACAUUUGGCAUGUGGAUGAAAGACACUGCUCAGCUGAACGAUGAGCACAUAUGGGUUGCAGAACACUUUUCUGGUCGUGUGUUGAAGGAGUAUAAAAGCAUCGCAUCUUUCCAGAGCAACAGCAGUGAGGUUGUGGAUGUGAGAAAGUUCUACCACGGCUGCGGCCACACUGUUCACAACGGUUCUUUCUACUAUCACAUUGCUGGCACUUCCAGCAUUGGCAGAUUUGAUCUUCACACCAAGAGGCUUCACACUCUCACUAUAGCCAACGCAUUGCACCACAGCCUCGCCUACCUGCUGUACAACUCCAAGACCUACUUCAAACUUGCAGCGGAUGAGAACGGCCUGUGGCUGAUCUUUGCCUCCAGUGUGGAUGAGAGCAUCAUGGUGGCCCAGCUGGACCAGAAGACCUUCUCUGUCACCUCCUUCAUUAAUACCACCUACCCCCGCACCAAAGCUGGCAAUGCCUUCAUUGCAUGUGGAGUUUUGUAUGUCACCGACACAAAGGACACCAGAGUCACCUUUGCUUUUGACCUGCUGAAGGGUAAGCCGGUCAACGUAACCUUUGACCUGAGGUCUCCAGUAGGAGUGUUGUCCAUGCUCUCCUACAGCCCAAAGGACAGACACCUGUAUGUGUGGGAUAACGGCUACGUCAGGCUUUACGUAGUCCACUUCAUCUCUGACGAGUGAGAACCAGCGUGCAGUACUGGCAGAAUAUGAGACGACAUGCAGACAUGACUGUUACAUAGUCAGAUGAAAACAGCCAGCUGACUAGCAACUAUUCACUCUUCAAUCUUUAAAUCCAAGACAGAUGAACACGUCAACGUCUCAACUUUCUCAUCCUGUAGGACUUUCAACUGAACGUAUAACCAGUUAUUGUAAAUCAUGGUAUCAGCCUAUAAUUAUUGUGAUUUGUGUAAAAAGUAAAACAGUGCUGUAUUUGUAUCCUAUUCCUGAUGUACAUGUGAGAUUUUGGAGUUACUAACAGUGUGAUCUUUUUUGCAUUUUCUAUCAAACAAUUGUAUAAUUUAUACAAAAUCAACUUUUGAGGCCGUUUUGUGUCAAAAGUCAGUAUUUUGUGUCUUUGCAUGAUUUAGUGAAUGUACUUCUUACAAGUUGUUUUUUAAAUUUUUUUUAUUUUAAUAGAAUUACGUUAUCCACCUUAUAUUUUGUACAUAUACACAGUCCACCUGCAUUUGUGAUGGAGCAGCAUGGUCGCUUAUUUCUAUUGACAGAAAGAAAAAAAGAGAAAAAAAGGAGCGCCAAAUCCGCCUGAUGAAAUAAAAAGAAUUUAUUCACUUUACAAAGGUAAAACUCUGACCAUGACCUGUUCUCUCACACCCCCCUCCAGGCUCAAGUGCCCUGCUGUAGUUAGUGUCUACUCAUGAUAUUGGCUUCUUUUGCAGUACAUGCACACACAUACACACCAGACACCAGUAGGACCAUUGGUAACACACUUAAGAUACAUACAGUAUACAUAGUGGGCAGAAAGAGGGAGAGAAACACAAAUCUCUUUAAUAAAUACCAUACAUACACUUAACAAAAGUUACAACUAAUCCAGCUGGUAUGAUACAAACCAAAAAAUAAAGAAAUGCUUUCAUGUUUGUACAAGCUGUUGUGAUAUUUCAUAUAUAUAUAUAUAUAUUUAUAUAAUUUAUAUAUUAAAACUAUUUCAAACAUUUUACUACUAGGCCAAAUGAAGCCAGACAUUCAUUUUUAUAUAACAGUUUCUUCUUCAAUAACCCAUUUGUUUGAAAUAAACUUUUAGUGUCUCCAUAAUUUGAGUGCAAAUAUCUAUUCCUUAUGGAUGAAACAGUAAAAACAACUAGCGAGGUAACACACACACUUACAUACAGUAGACUGUUGCACAUCUCCCAGUCAGAUACAGUAAAACCCCUUACAUUCCUAAAAUAAAAGGCAAUAAGUUAAAAUAGUUUUACAAAGGAAUGGUAAACCAAGCAAACACAUACAUAUAAAUAAUUUAAAUAAUAAAAUAAAAUACAUUAAAAAAAAAAACAAA